GUGUAACGAGUUAAAUAGCCUGCCACCAUGCACACAAUAAAAUGCAACCGGCCCUGCUCUGUGGCGUCGUCACGCGCAAAGAACUUGCCGACGCAUUUCAAGCUCGGGGCGCUGCCCAUUUUGCACAGCGCUGAAACAGCACUACAUAGCGCUAGGGAGCAUGGAUCAGCUCCACACACCCGGCGAUGCGGCGUGGUCCGCUGCGCGUCGGAAGCCCCAGCGGGCCCGCACACCACCGUGCCGCAUCACACGGAGGUGGCUGUGCUGGGUGGCCGCCUGGUCGUGAGACCCAUCACCGCCGGGGAGAUCCAGGCCGCAGGCGUGGUCCUGACCCGUGCGUUCGCGGGCUCAUCGGAGGCGGUGUCCUUGAAGGAAGUGCUGCAAGAUCUGGAGACCCAGGGCGGCGCCGGAGGCGCUGCCGCGGCAACUGGCUGCUUCCUGGUUGCCCGCCUGUACCCCUCCACCUCCUCCUCGGGCGCCAGUGGCAGCAGCAACGUACAGCUGCCGCCGGGCCAGGACUCGCGACUGGUGGCCACUGCUUCCGUGUCGCUGAGCGCACAGGACAUGCUGGUGCGCCGCCUGCCGCCGCCCAACCCGCCGCCGGCCGCCGCCGCCUACAUAAGUAACAUGGCGGUGGACCCCAAGUUUCGGAGACAGGGCAUUGCGCGAGCCCUGCUGGCGGCGUGCGAGGAGGUGGCGCGCGGCGCGGGGCUCCGGGAGGCGUCGCUGCACGUGCGGGAGGCUGACUCGGCGGCGCGUGCGCUGUACGAUAGUUCCGGGUACACAGUCGUGGUCAAGGACUCAUGGGUGGACACCAUGCGGCACAAUAUUCGGCCACGACUCCUGAUGAAGCGGACGCUUUAACGUUUCAUGUGCACAACACAUUGCGUGUGAGUGGGCUUCGGAGACGUGUUCGUGUACCAGCGAGUUUCAUCGGAGCGAGAGGGGGCCAAAUCCAAGGCAGGGGGUGAUCUUUUGGGUAGAUCAGAUGGGGUCCAGGAGGGGGGGCCCGGGGUGCGCCCUGGAGGGGGCGCUGGUCAAAGCUCUAUGCAUUUCAGGGAUGAGCGGGGUAUUAGCACGUGGACGUCGGGACGUGAGGGGACAAUGGCUGCUGUGACUGGGACUCAACGUGCUGAACAUGGCGGAAGUGCAGGCCGUGUUGCCCCUGGCUAGCAGCAACUGAGCUGGAUUCCCACGGGCCUUUCGGGCCCGGCCCCAGCUUCUGAACUCUACAAAAGAGCUUGUAACAGCGCACGCAAGCUCUUGGCUUCCCACGUUUGUCAAUGGUUGGCAUCGUUAGCCACCAAGGGAACCCUGAGCGAACGUAUGGCAUUAAGCAGCUGUCUUGCGUAAAGGCGUAGCAACACUACAUAGUCUCUUCGUUCGUGUACCCGAAACAAGGGAAUCGCCUCUUUUGCCGACGGACACAACGCGCAGCGGUGCACGGCGGUGCUGCUCCUAAUGGCACGCCACGGGCACGCCGAGUAUCUGUGCAUUGCCGCGUGUAGCGGAUAGAGAUGCAUGGGCUAACCACCUCUAGUGGCCAUUCGUAAAGCAUGCGCUGUCGCUUCUUCUACGAAUUGUACCCGAAGAAAUGUAUGCCGUACCGCAGCCGUACCGCCGCUCACCGCUUAUUUUGAGCAACUCCCCCCACCCGACAGCACUCUCUUUUGCUAUCACAAAUUUCAUCCAUGUACAUUAUUUAACAUAACACGCUUGCGCAGG